UCGACAAGUGAAAAGGGAACUGAGGUUAUGUUGGCAGGACUACUUUUCGUACAAAUGGCGACUUCUACAUUAAUUUGAUUCUUCACGUGGUCUCGUUAAAUUUUCUAAAGGAUAUUUUUUUUAUUGAUUUAGUGAAAAAUAAUAAUAUAAAAAAUGGUGCUGUACAACUUUAAAAAAAUCGCCGUUGUGCCAACGUCAAAAGAUUUCAUUGACAUAAUCUUGUCAAAAACUCAAAGAAAAACACCGACAGUAAUUCACAAGAAUUACAAGAUCUCCCGUAUUCGUGCCUUUUACACGAGAAAAGUAAAAUUCACACAACAAAACUUUCACGAUCGACUAUCUCAAAUUAUUCAAGAGUUCCCAAAGCUCGAUGAUGUUCAUCCUUUUUAUGCUGAUUUGAUGAACGUUUUGUACGAUAAGGAUCAUUACAAAUUAGCUCUUGGUCAAAUUAACACUGCGAGACAUCUAAUCGACAAUGUUGCAAAAGAUUAUGUUCGUCUUUUGAAAUACGGAGACUCCUUGUACCGCUGCAAACAAUUGAAAAAAGCAGCAUUGGGUCGAAUGGCAACAAUAAUGAAAAAGCAGGCGAGCAAUUUAACGUAUCUUGAGCAAGUUCGACAACAUUUGGCUCGAUUGCCAAGCAUAGAUCCUUACACACGUACGAUAAUCAUCUGUGGUUUUCCAAAUGUCGGAAAGAGCUCUUUCAUAAAUAAGAUAACUCGAGCUGACGUUGAAGUGCAACCCUAUGCUUUCACAACAAAAUCGCUCUACGUGGGACACACGGACUACAAAUAUCUCCGCUGGCAAGUUGUGGACACUCCUGGAAUUUUGGAUCAUCCUCUGGAGGAAAGGAAUGUCAUCGAGAUGCAGGCAGUCACUGCUCUUGCCCAUUUGCGAGCUGCAGUUCUCUACUUUUUCGACAUCUCGGAACAAUGCGGACACUCGCUGGAUGAACAGGUGAAGCUUUUCGAGUCAAUAAAGCCACUCUUCGUAAACAAGCCACUGCUCGUGGUAGCAAACAAGGCGGACGUUUUACGUUUGGAUGAUCUGCCCGAGGAGAAACGAGCUGUAUUAAAAGAUAUUGAAGGCGACGCGAAUAUUCCUCUUUACGAGAUGAGCACCAUUACUGAUUUGGGAGUUAUGGAAGUUAAGACUGAAGCCUGUGAACGUCUCUUGUCUUAUCGUGUGGAUCAGAAAAUCAAAACGAAGAAGGUCGAAGGUCUCUUGAAUCGUUUGCACGUUGCUCUGCCGACUCCGAGAGACAAUAAAGUUCGUGCUCCUUGUAUUCCGGAAGCUGUACUCAAAAAGAAGCAAGAAGCCGUUGCCAAGGCUGAGAGAAAACGCAAGUUGGAGCGCGAGAUCGAAGAGGAAUUGGGAGACGAUUAUGUGCUCGAUCUUAAAAAGAAUUACGAUAUCGAAGGAGACCAGAAGUUUGAUAUCAUCCCUGAAAUGUGGGAGGGUCACAAUAUCGCUGAUUAUAUUGAUCCAGAAAUCUUUGAGAAACUAAAUGAGCUUGAGAGGGAAGAAGAGGCCAGAAUAGCUGGUGGAGUCUACGAUUACAAAGUUCCCAUCCUCAGCGAGCAAAUGAAGGAGAUUAAUAUGCUGGCGAUGCAAAUUCGGGAGAAGCAGGUCAUUCUCAAGGACGAGACGCGAGUUAACAAGGCUUCGACGAAGCCAAUUAUGCCUCGAACUGCUGCUUCCAAGAUUCGUGGCCGAUCGGUUUCACGAUUGAAGGACGAAUUGGGAGAACUUGGUGUUGAUAUGGAGGACACGGAAGAUGCUCACUUCACAAAAACUAAGAAACGAGCGAGGUCAAUUUCUGAGUCAAACGCUAAGCGACAACGUCUAGAAUCCCGGUCAUUAUCCAGAAAUCGCAGCGUCUCCAGACCUGGAAGAGACGAAAUGGGAGUAAAGGAUGUGGUUAUGAAAACAAAGUUGAAGACUAUUGCGCACAAAGCUAUUUCGAAAAAGGUUGGAAAGCAAGGUCUCAAGGGUGAGGCGGAUCGUUUCAUCGGAAACAAAAUGCCGAAGCAUCUCUUCUCUGGUAAAAGAGGUGUUGGAAAAACUGAUAGAAGAUAAGAAACAAUACAAUUAUGUAUUUUUUUUACAGUUUAGUGCAUUCAUUAUAUUUAUGAAUUGUUAUUCUCAAAAGGUAUUUCUGUAAUACCUUUGAAUAUAGGAAAGUUGCUUAUUUCCUCAAAUAUAUUAAAUAUUAUUUUUAUUUGGAAAUCGAUUUAAACUGUCGACCUUUUUU